AUGAAUGGCACAAAGGUUUUAGACAACUCCACUUGGGGUCACGACGAAUUGUCUCUACUUCGAGGCUGGAUAGCGGCUUCCGAAAAUAUCAUGAGUUUCUUAACCGCUGCACCGUGUGGUAUGGCGGCUGAUAUAUAUGGACGUAAACGAAUACUCCAGUUGUCUAUUGCUGGUACCAUCUUGGCGCAGGCAUUUGACGCGGUAAUAUGUCGAUUCCCAGAAACGUUCCCAAUCCACUUGAUGGGGUUGAAGGGACUUUGGGCUCUAUUAGGGGGUGGUAGCACCGUUUUUUCGGCCAUGAUAUUUACUAUAUCAAGUGACAUCAGUCUAGAUACGCAAAGCUGGAUUUCCAUAUACGCCGGGUUUGGUUGUCUAGUUGCGUCGUUCUUGAUCACGCUCUCCUUGCCAGAGACUCGCGUACCAGGCCUCAGGAGUGAUGACCCAAUGGUAAUAUCUGAGACACGAAUCCCUUCAUCUUACAAUUUCCGACUCACCCAGUUCCUAACCCGCUUCCUGAUCGAAAAACUACGCUUUAGCCCACUGAGAAAGGACAUAUCUAUCUCACGGGCUAGCAUUGUAGCUCUUGUGGCCGGAUCUUUGGGGAUAGCAAUUGCAAAACAAGCCCAGUCAACCAUAAGGGUCGCAGCCAUCUACGUCUAUGCUCUUGGAUGUGGCUACAACCCAGCGAUGUAUAGCCUCGUUGGCUUUCUGUCCGGGGGCCAUCAUAUUGGCAUAUUGUAUGCACAUAUUGGCGCAAUGCAAAGCAUAGGCACCUUUAUAGCCGGCCUAAUGUUUGGGGCCUCGAUUGAGAUUGUGCCAUUUAUUUUCACAGUUAUGUUUCUGGCUGUUGUUAUAGGUACCCUAUUUUAUUUAAAGUUGGAAGAGACAGAGGAAGGGGCCCCAAUUUGGAUUAAUAUGGAUGAUCUUGAAUCGCAUAGAAAUUCGUAG